AUGAGGAUCUACGCCGGGAAGCUCUUCGACCCGUACACCCUCGAACUGCUGCCACGGAGGGUGAUAACUACGUCGGCGGACUCGGGCCUCGUGCUCGACGUCCAGCCGUACGAUGCCGCGGGCGAGGCGGGCGUCGACUUUGCAGAUCCUGCGAUGGUCGACCUCAGGGAGGCGACCGUGCUGCCCGGGUUCGUCGACGCGCACAUCCACCUCUUCCUGCACGCGUACGCGGAGGUGUCUUGGGAGGACCAGGUGACGAGGCAGAGCGCCCCAGAGCGGAUCGUCCGUGCGACGCUGCACGCCCGUCGAACGCUUAUGGCCGGCUACACCGCCGUGCGAGACCUCGGGACGGAAGGGAUGGACGACGCGGACAUCCACCUGCGGAAACUCAUGGCCGAAGAGCAGACACACCUCAAUCAAGACGGCGUCGAGGGCGUCACGGGGGCCGAGGUGGUCGACGGCGAGGUGGAAUGCGUCAAGGCAGUAAGGAGACAAGUCGGCGGAGGUGCCGACUGGAUCAAGGUGCGGUACUACCGUCCGCGGUCAAGGAUGGUAGAUGUUUCUACGGCCGCGGGCCAGACGGACAUUGCCACCUUCAGUAGGAAGGAGCUCGAUGCGAUCGUCGCAACCGCACACCAGCUCGGCGUCAAGGUUGCCGCACAUUCGGCCCACUGGAACAUUAACGGCAUGGUUGUCGCAAGCGGGCCAGGCUUUCACACACGGAGAUAUGCAGGCAUCAAGACGUACUGGGUGCCGACCCUGGCGGCGUACUACUCGAUGUCGAAGGCGUCUCCGGCAAAGUGGGAGAAUUGCAAGCAUGUCUUUCGGCGUGCAUUGGACCGCGGAGUUGAGGAUAUCGCCUGCGGCGGAGACACGGGCGUGUUUAACCAUGGAGAGAACGCGCUGGAGAUGAAGUUGAUGGUCCGGCUGGGUGCGGACUGGCGUAAAGUUCUUCGGUGGGGAACGUUGAAUGGUUGGCAGUGCAUUCGGAGCAUGGCGUGGGAGGGCGAGGACGGCACCGACCACGUGCGGCUGGUUGGCGACAAUGAAGUCCCGUUCGGCGCGGUUAGGAGAGGAUUCGCAGCAGAUGUCAUUGCGACGAGCGGGGACCUGGAGAAGGACUUCGAGAAUGCCGUGGAUAGCAGCAAUAUUGUCUUCGUGAUGAAGGGUGGGAGGGUGUACAAGCGAGAAGGGAAAGAAGUGGUGUAG